CUUGGGUACCACUAGAAGUUGGCAAAAGCUCCUUUCGUUCAGACGCAACAAACUCUGCACUGAACUAGAAUUAGCAGCAAUGGAAGUUACUGCAAUAUGGUUGCUGCUGCUAUUGCCUUGCUCCUUUCCUAAUUUCCUCAUUUCAUCAUGCAUGGGAAACCAGAUUGACUACCUCAACAGGUUGGUUGCAUCACGCAGAUCCUCGAACCCUCCUCGCCCAGAGUCAUGGGCUCAGCUAGAUGAUCAAGGAAAUAGUCAUAGCUCUCCAGUGUUUGUAGGAUCUCAGAAAGGGUUGAUGCAAGCUGACAAGAUCGACAAACUGCCGGGUCAGCCUGAAGGGGUGGAUUUUGAUCAAUAUGCAGGCUAUGUAACAGUAGAUCCGGUGGCUGAUCGAGCAUUGUUCUAUUUUUUCGUGGAAUCACCGGUUAAUUCUCCGAAUAAGCCUCUGGUUUUAUGGUUAAAUGGAGGUCCAGGAUGCUCGUCUUUAGGAUAUGGAGCCAUGCAAGAACUUGGACCUUUCAGAGUUAACAGUGACGGAAAAACGCUUUACAGAAAUGAAUAUGCAUGGAACAAUGUUGCAAACGUGAUAUUCCUGGAAUCACCAGCCGGAGUUGGAUUUUCUUAUUCCAAAAAUUCCUCAGACUAUACCCAAGUAGGUGACAAGAGAACAGCAGAGGACUCCUAUGUUUUUCUCCUCAACUGGCUUGAAAGAUUUCCCCAGUAUAAGACCCGAGAUCUCUUUAUAACCGGUGAGAGCUAUGCUGGUCAUUACGUUCCUCAGCUUGCUUCUUAUAUUCUCUCAAGAAACAAGAACACCAAUCAGACCGUCGUCAAUCUCAAGGGAAUUGCAAUUGGAAAUGCUUGGAUAGAUGAUAACAUUUGUACAAAGGGACUGUUUGAUUAUUUAUGGACACACGCUCUCAACUCUGAUGAAACCAAUGAAGGGGUUAACAAGUACUGCGACUUUGCUAGUCAAGAUUUAGUUACCAACAAGGCAGUUGCAAAAAACGCUACAGACCAGUGUGAUCAGUAUCAAAGUCGGGCACUAACAGAGAUGGGAGACAUUGACUUAUACGGCAUUUACUCCCCUUUAUGCAAUUCAUCGGCAAUAAAACCUGGCUCAGAUGGUAAUGUGUUGAAUUUUGAUCCCUGCUCUGACGUCCACGUUAAGUCCUACCUAAAUCUUGCCAAGGUACAAGCAGCCCUUCAUGCCAAAGCUACAAAAUGGUCAGCUUGCAGUGGUGUUGGAUGGACAGACAGCCCAACGUCUACUCUCCCUGAAAUACGGGACUUGGCAAAAGUGAUUAGGGUGUGGAUAUACAGCGGGGACACAGAUGGUCGAGUUCCAGUGACAUCCUCUAGGUAUGCCAUCAAGACCCUGCAGCUUCCAGUAGAGACUGCUUGGCAGCCAUGGUAUUCUGAUAGUGAGGUUGGAGGAUAUGUCGUUGGCUAUAAGGGAGUGGUUUUUACUACAGUUAGGGGAGCUGGACACACAGUUCCAAGCUACCAGCCAGCGAGAGCACUUACCAUGAUCGCAUCUUUCCUCCAGGGGAAACUGCCUCCAGGCCCUCCUCCCUCUUAAAAAACCAUUAAGAACCCUCAAGAAGUUAAAUGGAAGGAGGAGGAAUAUCUAUAGAAUGGAUGCUAAGGAAACUGAACCACUACUCUGAAGAUGGAAUUUCUUUAAAAGAUACGGCAAUGUAUGGACAAUGUAUUAUUCUGUUUCUAUCUUUAAUUUUGUAAGAAAGAUAAAAUCAUUAUAGUGCAUAAUCCAUGCACAAAUUAGGCAAAAAGCGCAUAAAGCUUGCAUAAA